UGGACUAUGGGGCUGGAGACAUUCAGGAGACAUUCUGACUGACAUGAGCAAAGUACCUGGCGUCUCAGCGUGGAAGAGUAAUGCUGAUUUCGAUUUUGCCCUUCAGGAGGAAUUUGGUUGUCAGAGAAUAACAGGAGGUUGUCCAUAAUUGACUUUAAGCAGCAAACAUAAAACACUGAGCUCUCCAGCUCCACCUUUCUUGCUCUGAGGAUUGGAACACCAAGAAGGUUUUGAUGUUUUGUGUAGCGCCACCUGAAUUAGAAACCAAGAUGAACAUAACCAAAGGAGGGCUGGUUUUGUUCUCAGCGAAUUCUAACUCAUCGUGUAUGGAGCUUUCGAAGAAGAUCGCUGAGCGUCUGGGGGUGGAGAUGGGCAAAGUGCAGGUUUACCAGGAACCCAACAGAGAAACAAGAGUGCAGAUUCAAGAGUCUGUCCGGGGAAAGGACGUUUUCAUCAUCCAGACCGUUUCCAAGGACGUGAACACCACCAUCAUGGAGCUCCUGAUCAUGGUCUACGCGUGCAAGACGUCCUGUGCCAAGAGCAUCAUUGGCGUGAUCCCCUACUUCCCCUACAGCAAGCAGUGCAAGAUGAGGAAGAGGGGCUCCAUCGUCUCCAAGCUGCUGGCCUCCAUGAUGUGCAAGGCCGGUCUAACCCAUCUUAUUACUAUGGAUUUGCACCAGAAGGAAAUCCAGGGCUUCUUCAAUAUCCCUGUUGAUAACCUCAGGGCAUCCCCCUUCCUACUUCAGUACAUUCAGGAAGAGAUACCGGAUUACAGGAAUGCAGUCAUCGUGGCCAAGUCUCCAGCCUCUGCCAAGAGGGCACAGUCCUUCGCGGAGCGCCUGCGCCUGGGCAUCGCGGUGAUUCACGGAGAAGCGCAGGACGCCGAGUCGGACCUGGUGGACGGACGGCAUUCCCCGCCCAUGGUCCGGAGUGUGGCUGCCAUCCACCCCAGCCUGGAGAUCCCCAGUGAGUGUGCGGCGCCUCCUGCCGCUUUCCUCAAACAGACCGAAAACCAGAACCGGGUCGUCACCACAGAGCUCCUUGUGCCAGUCCUCAAGGCCACAGCCAGCCCCUCCUUCCCGGCGGCUUGGCCUGAAGAGGUACGUCUGAGAAAGCCUACGGAGCGCAAGGGGGCCCAGGGACGAGGCCCUGCCACCAUGUUGUCUGUGUAUGUGAAAAUGGAGCGGCAGGAUGACAUCAUCGAUGACGUGGACAGCUUUCUUGCUGCGGCAGAGACCCUGAAGGAGAGGGGCGCGUAUAAGAUCUUCGUGAUGGCGACUCAUGGCUUGUUAUCCUCCGACGCCCCCCGGCUGAUCGAAGAAUCUGCUAUCGACGAGGUGGUGGUCACCAACACGAUCCCACACGAGAUCCAGAAGCUCCAGUGCCCCAAGAUUAAAACCGUGGACAUCAGCAUGAUCCUGUCGGAGGCCAUCCGCCGCAUCCACAACGGGGAGUCCAUGUCCUACCUCUUCAGGAACAUCGGGCUGGACGACUGACCGGCCUCCUGGUCACCCGCGAGGGCCACGCUGGAAACCGGAACAAGCGCUGUGAGGGCCUGCUGCCCGGCGCGGCCCGGCGCCCGCCGCCGCACCGCCCUGCCCGUCCCUGGGACCUAGACCAACUUUUAUGUCCGUUUGGGUGUUUGAGUUUUAGGAGCAAUUUUUAUAAAAGAAAACUUGAUUCUCCUCUUACAUAAGUUAGCCUGGUCGUUUUUAGCUUAACCGUUUAAAAAAUAACCCUUGGAAUAAACUUUCUAAGCUCACGAACAGCCUUUGCCCAAAGUCGCUUGAGCCAAGUGCUUAAAAAAAGUUAAUGAAACAAAAUGACCUACUGUGCGUUACUGUAAUUGACAAGCCAGGAAGGUGAUACUGUUGAAUCCAGUAAAUGACGUUUUUAGAAAUGCUUUUAUAGACAAGCAUAUGGAAUAUGUGAUUGUAUUUAUUUUCUGCGACAAAAGAAGGAAUAAAAACUUGUGUUUGUG